AUGCAGAUUGCAAACCGACUGACUGACUAUCUAUUGAUUAUUUGUGCAUUUUUGUCGUGCCUGGGAAUGACAUUCCUGAUACUGGCCUGCGCCGUGCCCACACCCAAGAUAUUCUAUCCGUUCUUUGUGCUCAUCUUUUAUGUGUUAUCAGUGCUGCCUGUUUUUAUAGCCAAGCGCACGACUCCUGGCGGCGAAACCAACCCAAAGACAGAAUUUGCACUCUUCCUUACCGCCGGCAUGGUGCUAAGUGCCUUUGCACUACCCGUAGUUCUCGCCCAUACCGCUGUUAUCAGCUGGAUGGCGUGCACACUGACGCUUAUAAGCAACGUUAUCAACUAUUCGACCAUGUUUGGCUAUGCCAUGCGUGACGAGGGCUUUGAGGCGCCUUAUGGUGGCAUGUUUUAAGUGAGAUCUGUAAUAUUCCAUAUAUUGCACCGAUGAGGAAGUUUAGUUUAAGCACCCGUCGACGAUUUUUGGAUGUAGCAAUUUUGAUGCAGUUCGCGCCGUCGCUGACAACAGUCAAUCUCACAUUAAUAAAUAUAUUCACAUAAUAA